ACCCUGUGAUUGACUGUUUCCAAGGAGACCACCGACACUAUCGAGAACGGAGACAUUGGUGGGUGCUGUUGGCAGACACUGGCAAGAUGUCAUUUUUAUUUGAUUGGAUCUACAGAGGGUUUAGUAGUGUUUUACAGUUCUUAGGUCUGUACAAAAAGACAGGGAAGCUGGUUUUCCUGGGCUUGGACAAUGCUGGUAAAACAACACUCCUACACAUGCUGAAAGAUGACCGACUUGGCCAGCAUGUGCCAACACUGCAUCCAACCUCUGAGGAACUGACAAUUGGUGGCAUGACAUUUACCACAUUUGAUUUGGGCGGACACGUGCAAGCUCGAAGAGUUUGGAAGAACUACCUGCCAGCUGUGAAUGGAGUUGUCUUUCUUGUUGACUGUGCUGAUCAUGACAGACUCACAGAAUCCAAGACUGAACUUGAUGCUCUCCUUGGAGAUGAGACCAUAGUCAACGUACCAGUGUUGGUGUUGGGUAAUAAAAUUGAUCGUCCAGAGGCCAUCAGUGAAGGAGGACUGAGAGGUGCAUUUGCUCUUGAUGGUCAAGUCACCGGAAAGGGAAAUGUCUCUCUGAAGGAGCUGAAUGUUCGUCCCCUGGAGAUCUUCAUGUGCAGCGUGUUGAAGAGACAAGGCUAUGGGGAAGGUUUCAGGUGGUUAUCACAGUACAUCGACUGACAAGCAGGAACCAAGUUUAAUCGCAAGGAUUUUAACUGACAUGUUAUCAUGACACAUGACAAAAACUGUCAACCAGCUGAAACUUCAAGAACGUUUCCUUUUUAAUUGUUAAAUUCCUCUAUGCAAACUCUAAAAAUGGUUACUGGUAACCUGUCUUAAAUGGGUUAUUAAUGUGAGCCAGUUGCAAGGCAUGUUAAUUACCUAAUUGCACAAGUAGUCAGACGUUUUGCGAGUGUGUAGAUAUGUAUGCUUUAGUGUUGCAUUAUUUAUUACUUUAUAGAUCAGCUGCUUGAUUUGGAAUCAAGUGAUAAAACAUGCAGAGUUUAUGGGGUGUAUUCUUUAAUAUUUGCUGGACUUUAAAUUAAGAUGGCUGAUUUUAGUUUUUAAGGCAAUAAUGUUAAGGAACAAAGAAAUAAGAAACAAAGAAUAGAGAUCAAUUAAACUGAUUUAAUCUGAUUAUACACAGCCUCUGCCUUCAAGGGAUAAAGCCAAAUAUGUAUGCUAAUGACUGGGAGGGAUUAAUAGGAAGAUAGAUUUGACUUCAAGAAGAAAUCUUCCAAGCUGAACGCAAAGCCAAAAUAUUCUCGCACAAUCCCUCGUUCAAAUUUAAAAAAAGAAGAAAAGGCAAAGAAAGGCACUUGUGAUAGAGUUAAAUUGCACAACUUACUGAUGAGAAUACUAAAACUGUGUGGCUCACUGUCAGCAUUUUAAUCAAAUUGGCCAUCAUUUCCAGUCAGUCUAACAUUGAAACAGUCAGUGUAGCACUUGUAUUUAAGGCAGCUAAUUUAAAGCGUGUUAUUUGAACUGAAAUGUGUCCUCUCUCUGGGUUGUUCAAUGUGGAAUCCAAAGAUGAAACAUUCUUAUAGAUCUCACCUUCCUGUGACUUCCCUUAUUUCAUUUUUAUCAUGAAGGCAAUAAUUAUAACGUCCUUAAAAUGGCAGAAAGCAAUAAAGUAGAAUAGAUAGCUGUACUGUAGCGGAUACAACCAAACUCCACAGCAUUUAAGCAUCAAAGACAUGUAUGUGGGUAUCUUAUAUAGAAUAUUUUAGUAUUAAUUAGUGCUGCAUGAAACACAGUGUUACCUCUUGCUGCUUGUAGUAGGUUGUGGUUUAUUUGAUCUGAGUAUGGGCUAAAGAGAAAGUAACUAAAUUGGUUUUAAAGGCUAAUAAUUGAUAUUUAAUGAGCUUUUUUUUGUACAGGAGGUUUAAGUGCUGCUAAUGUACUCUUUGAUUAUCCGAAAAGAUAGGAGAGUGCAUUUCUAAACACAAACACACUAAGCUGUGAAUUAAUGUUCCUGUCUUUCUUUUUCACCUCUUUGGGGAGGGGUGCAUGAAAAGAUGCUUAGAUGUUUACAAUGACCUGUUUAUAUUUGUAUGUUCGUGAGCUUGAAAUAAUAAGGAAGGAGCACGUGUGAUCUUUGUACUGUUUCCUGCAUCUUAUAUUAACAGGGUUGUAUUAUUCUCUGUAUUGAAAUAUGAAUAAUUUGUAUCAGAGAUAUCUAAUAUAUGAAGAUUUUAUACAGGGAAGUGUUCAUUGAAAUAUAUUUUAGUCUGCAUGUUUUUUUCUUUUCUUUAAACUGUGUUAUAUACCAGUUGCUUAACUGUAAACUAUGUAUAAUACAGAUGUAAAUUCUUGUACAUUAAUUACCUGUGAGGUGGCAGAAUAAAACAUUGGAGUUAUUUCUAUCUGUAUGUGAAUAGAAUUAAUAUUUUCAUCAAGGAUAUGUACAAAUGGAUUGAACUACAAUUCAUUAAUAAAAAAAAGUGUUGUC